UCGAUAUUAUAAAUCGACAUUUUGUAUUAAUAUACGCAAUAGUGGGAUACAUUUUUCAUCGGCAUUUUAUAUAGUUAAAAAUUGUUUUCGUUUAAAGGGGAUAUAUAUUUUAAUUGAACACUACAAUGGGAUAUGAUGAUCGUGAACGAGACCGCGAGAGACGCCGCCAUCGUUCCCGAUCCCGCGACCGCCAUCGCGAUCGCUCCAGGGAUCGCCGCCAUCAUCGCAACUCGAGGCGCAAGCCCUCACUUUAUUGGGAUGUACCGCCACCGGGAUUCGAGCACAUCACCCCCAUGCAGUACAAAGCCAUGCAGGCGUCCGGACAAAUCCCGGCCAGCGUUGUGCCGGAUACGCCGCAAACGGCGGUGCCCGUGGUCGGUUCGACAAUCACCCGUCAGGCGCGUCGCCUCUAUGUCGGCAACAUUCCGUUCGGCGUCACCGAGGAGGAAAUGAUGGAGUUCUUCAACCAACAGAUGCAUUUAGUUGGCCUCGCCCAGGCGGCCGGCAGUCCCGUCUUGGCCUGCCAAAUCAAUUUGGACAAGAACUUUGCCUUUCUCGAAUUCCGGUCCAUCGAUGAGACCACCCAGGCAAUGGCAUUCGAUGGCAUCAAUUUGAAGGGGCAGAGUUUAAAGAUUAGGCGUCCGCAUGAUUACCAACCCAUGCCGGGCAUUACGGAUACGCCGGCCAUUAAGCCCGCUGUUGUUUCCAGUGGAGUUAUUUCGACAGUGGUACCCGAUUCGCCACACAAAAUCUUCAUUGGAGGUCUGCCAAACUAUCUAAAUGACGACCAGGUUAAGGAACUGCUUUUGUCGUUUGGCAAGCUUCGAGCAUUUAACCUCGUUAAGGACGCUGCUACUGGUUUGAGCAAAGGGUAUGCCUUCUGUGAAUACGUGGAUCUUAGCAUCACCGAUCAGUCAAUUGCCGGCUUGAAUGGAAUGCAGCUGGGCGACAAGAAACUGAUUGUCCAGCGAGCCAGCGUGGGCGCCAAGAAUGCCCAGAACGCCGCCAACACCACGCAGUCCGUGAUGCUGCAAGUGCCGGGCCUGUCGAAUGUGGUUACCUCCGGUCCGCCCACCGAGGUGCUUUGCUUGCUCAACAUGGUCACGCCGGAUGAGCUGCGGGACGAGGAGGAGUACGAGGACAUACUGGAGGACAUCAAGGAGGAGUGUACGAAGUAUGGCGUCGUGCGGAGCGUGGAGAUACCGCGCCCCAUCGAGGGCGUGGAAGUUCCGGGUUGCGGCAAGGUCUUUGUCGAAUUCAACUCGGUUCUCGACUGUCAGAAGGCCCAGCAGGCCCUCACUGGAAGGAAAUUCAGCGAUCGCGUUGUAGUUACAUCAUAUUUCGAUCCUGACAAAUACCAUAGACGCGAAUUCUAAAUACAAGUAAUUCAUAUUUCUCACAUUCACCGAUUGUCCAAUAAAUAUCACACAAUAAAAGUAACGAUUUGACUACGAAAGUAA